AUGCCAAAGUCAAAAAGAGCCAUCAAUCCAGCUGAUGCGUUACGCAAGGCCCAACGUAAACGGGAGCUCAAAAAGAACAAAGAGCAACGUCGAGAAGCACGGCAGAGUGCACUUGCUAAAAAGAACACGAAUCCCAUAAAAGGAGAGAUACAACGUCUGGAGAACCAAGCUCGACAUACUGGAUUGGAUAAGAAUGCCCAAGCUCGAUUGACACAAUUAAAGGCCGACUUGGAACGUAUAGAGAAGGCUAAAAAGACUCGGGAACCUCAGUUGUCAGGGGCACAAGCAGCAUUCCUUGAAAGGCAACGUCAACAACAGGAGCGUGAGCAGCGUGAAAACAGGAAGAUGGUGUAUGAUCCAAAGACCAAUAGCUUUGUAGCUGUCAAGGUGAAAGAUACGGGUGCCAAAGCAGGAUCCAGCAAAACGCGUCGAUCUGAUGGCGACAGCUCAUCAUCAUCGUCAUCCACUUCAUCUUCUGAAACGGACUCGGAUAGCGACAUGAGUGAUUCUGACAUCAGUGAUACUGAGGACUUGGACAACAAAGAAGAUGACAAGGACGUUAUGAAUGAGGAUGAAGAUAUUCCACUUCCAGAAGGACCACCACCACCACCACCACCAAAAGAAGCCAACGCAGCUGAUCCAUCAAAACAAGACAACGAUGUUGACGAAGAAGAGGAUGAUGAUGAUGAUGAUAUUCCUUUACCAGAGGGACCACCUCCACCAAAACCAUUUCAGACACAACUUGCACCUAUACAAGCAGCACAAAUGCGACCACCACCUCCACCACCUCCACGACCACUCCAUUUUGCACCUCAAUUUCAUGGAAUGCCUAUGCCUGGUGGAUAUGGUAUGAUGGUUCCUCCACCACCACCUCCAGGACGACCUCCAGCACAUGCUAUGCGUGUUCCACCACCUCCACCACCAAGACCACCCUUUACCCAACGGCCUCCAAUGUACACACAACCACCUCAUAUAUAUCAACCUCCAACAACAACAACAACAACAACGAAUGCUGCUCCUGUAUCAAAUCAAGUUGAAGCUCCCAAGCCUACGCGUGAACAAAUUGCUGCUGCGACAAUCUCUGCUGAACCUCAACUACGUGAUUUACAAAAAGAGCUUCUUGGUUUUGUUCCUGCUGCUGUACGGAGGAAGCAGGCCGCCCAGAAAAAGACAGCUGCAUUACCCAAAGGAGCCAAACCGAUCAUCAAUGCUGCACCUGAUGUAGAAGAAGAAGAGCAAGAGUAG